UUAUUCAUUGUCUAAAAUUAACUCAAUUAUAUUGCUUUCUAUUGAAAACCUGCAAGCAGUGUAUAUGUAGUGCCAUCUGUUGGGAAUUCUGGUUUUUUCUGUUUUUAUCAACGGCCUCUUUUUAGUAGAUUUUGAUCCCCUGGUGACGCGGCGAGCAAAGAGGCGGCUAGAUUCUUGUUAAGUGUGUACGUGUUUUAGAAGAAGGGUAGAAUGGCUCAAGCUACGGAUUCCGGACCUGUGUUCUUUACAAAAGCAACUCCAGAACAGUGGAAUUACGUUCUGUCGCAGUACAAGGAAGUACUUAAAGAAAAGGCAUCUAAAAGGACCAAAAAAGGUGGACCUGAAGAGCUCAUACGUCUGGAUACAUGGUAUCAAGAACAAUUACCAAAAAUUAUUCAGUCUAGAAAACCGCCUCACAUAGUUCAUGAAGAAUUAAUUCAAAUUGUAAAAUGGAAAUUAAUGCGUGGAAAAUUCCGUCCAAGAUUAACGGAUCUAGUCCGUAUCAAUACGGAAACUGCAGUUUUGCAAACCAGCAAGAAAGCUUUCAGAAAAAAACCAUCUGAGUUAUCCCAAGCGAUAACUGCACUUACCAAUUUAAAAGGAGUUGGGCCUGCUACAGCAUCUGCUAUUCUAGCUGCUGCCUUUCCUGAUAAUGUUCCAUACAUGGCAGAUGAGAGUAUGUUGUCUACACCUGGUAUCGAAGCCACCGAUUAUACAUUAGCAGAAUAUCUUAAUUAUGCUGAGCAUAUCAAGAAAUGUACCGAGCGCCUUCAAAGUUUGGACCCUAAAAGUCAUUGGACACCUCAUAAAGUAGAGCUAACAUUGUGGACCCAUUAUUUGGCCAGAGAUCUAAAGCCAUCCAUUUUAGAAGGAAUGCCCCAUGCGAAGUCUGAGACCUCCGAAAAUGGUGACCAUGCUGAUGAUAAUGCUAUCGAAAAUGGUAGUGAGCCUUCUUCUGAGGGUGUAAUAUCAAAUCCUCCUGUUUCUACAGAUGAUGAGAAAGAGCUACCUUCAGAGGAAAAUACCAAUGAUUCCCAUGCUGACUCUGGCAAAGAGAAUGUCGGAGAGUCUGCUGAUGGUGCCGACGACGAAGAACCCGGCGAUUCUGAAAAGACUUCUCCCGAUGAACCUCCUGCCAAAAAGCUGUGUGUGGAGCAGUAAUUCCGAGACUCUCGGCAAUUAGUUUGCACAAUUUUAUUCAGGACUUGCAAUGGUUUAAAAAAUAAAACAGGGAAAUUAAAAAAAUAAUAAUAAACAAAAAAAACUCCUAUUUUUAUACAUAGGCUUUCUUGUAUUUUUGCUCUUCAUCAUCUGUGUGUGCCAUUGUCUGAAAUUAUAUUUAUUGCAUGUAAGUGUCCUGGUUGAUUAUGCAGAUGCAUUUUAAAAUUUCUAAUAGCUUUUUAAUGAAAUUUUAAAAUUAGUUGCCAGCAUGAAUUCAAGUGAAAAUUAUUUAAACUUUAUGUUCAUUUCCCAUCUUCGAAGUGUAUACCUAAAUGUAUACCCUUUAAUUUGUUACUGCACCGUACAGUAAUAUUUUUUACAUUUAAUCUUAAUGUAGAUUUUUUCUAUUAAAGUUACUAUUAAGUCACAAAAGAGACUUUAUUCAAUGUCUUUCUAUUAGCCCUAGAAUGAUCUAAAGCAUUGAUCAUAGUAUUAUUUUUUAAUCCAAAAUCCCUUCUCAAAUAAUGUUAUUUUGUCCAAGCUUUAGAAUUGAUUAUUUUCAGCUUUUCCUGUUAAGUCUUGGUUUUAGAUACGUGGUUUCGGAUGUGAAACAUCCCAAAAUCAUUCUGGGGUUAAUCUUUGUCAAUGUUGUCUUGAACAUAAGUCAUAAGACUAUAAAUGAGCAGUGUAACCUAUUUAUAAUACGUAUUUUCAAAUUUAAUAGCUGUAACUUUUUGACAUCAAAUUUACUUGUAUCAUAUCUUUAAAAGUGUUUCAUUUUUAUGCUUGAAAUUUUUAUUGGAUACAAUUCCUUUUCCUUAGAUUUUAAAAACGUAAGGAUCUAUUUAUUAUCCUUUUUUUUUAUAUAUAUUAAGUUCCUGCUAUUUAUAAAACAGCCUAUAUAGGAGUUCAUUGAAUUAUGAACCCAAUUUGAAUGGUGUGUAAGGAAAUUAAAUUUAAAUUGGACCAAUAUAUUGAGUAUUAGUUGUUGGGAAAAUCUUAUUUUUAUUUUAUAAAUUAAAAUUUUAUUGCAAUAUUAAACAUUGUAAUGAUUGAUUACAUAUAUAUAUAUAUUUAGUGCUCAAAGGUAUAAAUAAUGUACUUAAUGUUUUGUGAAUGAAAACUUUUCUCUUCAAGAAAUAUUUGUUAUUUUUUUAUGAGAUUUAGAAUUAUGCAUUAUGUCUCUGUUCCGCUUAAAUGUUAACCCUUUCAUUUGCAUAUGUACAUACAUAUAUAUUCAUUUACAUAUGUACUUUCUCAAAAUUUGCUGACAUAAAUCAUUGUUGCAGCUUGACAAGAUGGUACCUGUACCUUAUUAAUUAGUGGUCUUGGAUUUUGGCACUUCUCAAUCUAAAAAUUAUAUAGGCUAUUAAUAUUUCAUUCUAUGCUUACACAGCCCAAAGUAUAUCAUAAACUUUUUAUGUGUGUCGGUGUUUUUUCUUAUUAACCUGAUCUUUUUGUCUGUACUUUUCAACUUGUACUGACAGCUAAAUUAUGUGCAUUUGCAUAGAGCUUAUUUAAAUAACAUCUGGUCUUGGUGAAUUAAUUCAAGUGUAUUAGAUAUGACUUUGUGAGUCCAAAGACAGCCAGUGAAUACCACUGCCUUUAUUUAAUUUAGCUGCAAUCUUGGGAGUUUCCCGGAUUUGAGAUAGCUAUUCUAUUUUAAAUUUAUUCUUUUGCUUUGUUUCAUGUUUUUAUCAUUUCAUUGGCUUGAAGAUUGCUUUUAUUUUCCACUUGUUCUGUGUAGAAUUGGGCACUAAAUUGGUUAUUCUGAUCAACAAAUUGAAUCUUUCUUAAGCAUUGCUUUGAAUCAGUUUAUUCAAAGUAAAAAUUGAUUUUAAUUCCAAUUAGAACAUCUGUUAUGUUACUUUUGUGUGAAGUAUUAAACUAAUGGUCACAACUCUAAGGAUGUAAUAACUUACCCCCCCCCCUCAAAAAUAAUUUCUCCAUAGAAGAUGAAGGCAGAAAACAAAAGAUUUGGUAAAAAUGAGAAAUAAAAAGAAUCUUUUAUUGAGAACUUAUACAGAAAAUAUUCAAAGAAGUGAGCACCUGGUGCAAUAAAGGCUUCACAUUGGCGAGAAGGUGAAAAAUGCAGUGAUCAACAUUUAUCAUCAUUCCUGACAUUUAGCAUCAGUAAUGCAUAGCUGCCACCAACCCUACUGGAUUUUGCUGUUUCUUUUGGUGUGCUAGUUUAAUAAAAAAAAACUUUAAAAUUUUCUUUUAAGAAAAUUCCCUACAUCCUAUUCCCUUUCCUAGGAAAGAAUCACUAUCGAAAUAGAAUUUUUACACAGUUUAUUGCAUUCUUGUAUAUUUAAAAAUAAGUAUUACUAAUACAUAAUGAAAGCAAGCCUCAUUUUUACAAAUCAGUUAAAAGCUUUUUUUUUUUUUAAAAAAAUUAGAUUUAUUUUUUAAAACUACUUUUUUAAAUUAAAUAUAAAAAUCUUUUGAACCUUUUCUGCAUUAAAAUAUUGCUGCAUAUCUUGCUAUAAUUAGCAGUUUAAUUUCAGGUCCUACUAAAAGCAAAGUAUUCGUUCACUCAAGGAAAAGUGCCCUCUUGUGGCACAUAUGAUUAACGUCUCCCUACAUUGUGGUGUGGAAGUUAUAUCAGCCCUAUAGUUCUUACCAUUAGUUUUUUUAACUUCCUGUGCAAGUUAAUUUAAGACUUGGUUCACUGAUCAUAUUUUAAAUGCUGAAAUGAACGGAUUCAUUUGAUUUAAAUCACUUUGCUGAUUACUUUUGCCCAACUCUAGUUCUGUGUGUCUGUCGUAUAACAUUUAAAAACAAAAAGAUCUGUUUAGUUUGUCAUCACUCUUUGCUGAUCAAUUAUUUGUUGCAGAUUCUGUGGCAGCAAUAUGCACACAAGAAAGCAUUCCAAACUGAAAAUAGAUAAUCUUCAACAAUGGCACAUUCCAUUGUAGAUGUUUUCACGUGUAAUUGCUAUAUUCUUUUUUUCAAUAAUGUGUGUUCUUUGAUUCUGUUUGUAUAUAAAAAGAAGUAAUGUGGUUCUCAAAGUUUUAUAUAUAUAUAUAUCAAUCUAUAUCUCUUUAAAAUAUUGCUUUUUGACUUGAAUGCCACUAUAUAUUCCUCUUGAUAGUUGUGACAUAUUGAAAACCCGAGCAAUUUUGCUAGAUUUUGAAAUAUUAUUUUUGGCACUUUGAAACAAUAAAUGAGAGUCAUCUCUGUUGUUCGGCUCGGGUAGUAGUCACAGUGCCAAAUAUAAUAUUUUUGAAAACUUGCAAGUUUCUUCUGGUUUGAUGUUAGUGUUUAUGGUUUUCUAAUUCAGCCUAUCACUCAGUUGUGGUUUCAUUUUUUACAAAAAGUGGUGUUGGAAUGUAAGUUUAGAUGAUAAAAUAUGUUACUUAAUCUCAGGAAUUCCAUGUUCACUAUCUGCAACACUUGUAGUAUUUUUAGAUAGUAUUCCACUUAUAUUUGUGUUUUUUUUUCCUUUGAAUUAUUUUUUUUAAUUUUUCAAAUUUUGUAUGAGAAAGUGAUUUCUAAAAACUUUUAAUGUAAACUUCAGUCUGCAAGUGUUGAAAUUUGCUCAGGAAAUACCGAUUAUAGAAUCACUUAGAUGUUAUUAGCAGUAUAAAAAUGUAAAAGUGUGCAAUGUUGUUUACUGAAAUUUAACUAAUGCCACAUAGCUGUGUUAUAUAACUUACGUUGUAUAAAUUGGUAUUGUUCCAAGGUUUUUAAAGAUAUUUUCAAUUUAAAAUCUUUCAAGGCCUAAAGUAUUCAAACUAGAAAAUAUAAAUGAAAAUAAUUUUAAAAUAUGUUGUGUUUUGAUUCGGCUAGUUUUAUGAUUAUUUAAUUAAACGAAUAAAACAGACUAUUUGGUAAUGUAGCGUGUUAAAUCUUUAUUUUGCUAAAUAAAUUGAAUCGUUAGUACAAUAUGAAAACUUAAUUUUGAAAUUCAACGUUAAUAACUUAUUAAGCUAUAAGAUUUGUAUAAGAACAUACUUUAGACAUAAAUCUGUUUGAAGUAAUUUUUUUAUUUAUAUAUAGGCUACAAGAAUUUUACUAUCGCCUUGAGUAUUUACUGUGAACAACUUUUUGGUAAAGUUUUAAAAGAAAACAAAUUACCCUCUGCUAUUGCUGUUCUUAUUCAGAAAUGUGCUAAUGAUUUUUAUUAGAGAGAUUACAUUUAGAUAUUAAAACAUGAAUCUGUUAUAAAGUUUGUUUUAAUUGUCCUAUUAUCUUAAUCAAAAGUCUGAUUCUGAUGUUUAAUUCUGUCAUUUUAAAAGUUAACAUUUUAUUUAAUGUUAUACCUUUAACUGUAACCUACAUCUCUAUGGAAAAAAAAACUUGUGAUGGAUUCCUCAUAAAAAAUUUUAGCUUUGAGAACCACUGUGAAUUUGUAUAUUACAGUGUGAGUGUGUCUGUUUGUGUACACGUCCCAUAAUUUGAAUAAAUACUUUUUUAAGAACGAGAUUGACGACUUCUGCUAAUGAUGACAAAAUCCCUGAAACCAAGAUCUGAAACAAACGGGUCAUUGUAGUGCCCUUAAUAUAAAAGAAAUGCCUUUUAAUAUGAAAAAAAAAAUGCAUAAAAUGGAAGCCUUUACAAUGAUACCUCAUUAGAUUUUAAGCUCGAACUUUUCACACUGUUAGACAUGAAUGUUUCUGUGACGUUUUUAAGUGGUUAAUUUUGUGUAUCAUUUUUUAUCUUAUUAGACUAAAGUGGACUUUCCUGAAAAUUUUUUGAAAUAAAAUUUUCUUGAAGUGGAAUGUUCUUUUGGUAGAUAGACCUAUUUAUUAUAUUGGUUUAAAAAAAAAAGCAUUUUAUUCACUGUAGUGUUUAUCAAAACUUUCCUUUCAGUGACUUUAGUUGUUCCUGCUACUGUUUAUGUAAGAUCAAGUUUAUGUAUAAAAUAAACUGUUUCUAUUAUG